AUAUUCGCCGCAAGACUGUUGUUUCGUUGGCAUGCCGCACGCAAUCACUUCCCAAUCACUACAGCAGCCGCAUAUGUAUAAUGUUUUUGCUGGAGGACACGUGAUAAUGAUCAACGACCUCAUUGCUUAUUGCCAUCGUCUGAAGCCGCGAGCCAACCUCAGCAAUCGCCAGCAAGGCCUGAUAUAACCCCUGCAAAUGUUGACGAGAACAGUGGACAACAAUCAAAGGCGAGCCACUCAGCUCCAGACACGAUGGCACCCCUGUCUGUACGUCCGGCUCUCACAGCUGAACAAUGGGAUAUAUUCUCGGCUAUAGCAGAUACCGUAGUACCAUCAUUCAGCCUGCAGGCAAGCAACAGGCUCCUUCAGCAUCCGCUGAGCCGAGAGAUCCACGAAGCAGCAUGCAGACGUCUGCAACAGGGGGUGGAUAGCGAAGACGCUCAGGAGCUCAUUGCCAGCUAUCUCGGGGAGAAGGCGACGGCGCAGCAAGACUUCAGAGAGAGCAUUAAUAGACUGCUCACUCAGUACUGUCACGACGAUGCAUACAACAAGCUGACGACAGUCUUGACGGCUUUGAACACUCGUGCUGGUGCUUUACUGCUCACGGGGUACUCUUCGCCGCUUGACUGCCUGCCUGUUUCAACUCGAGAGCGGAUUAUUCAGCGCUGGUCAACUUCGCUCGUUCCCGUUCUGCGACAGCUACAUGUCUCCUUGACCAGUCUUUCUCGGCUUUACUGGAUCCGAACGUCGCCUACACUGGGUCGCACUCUGAGCUUUCCUCGGAUACCGGCUCAUCCCAAAGGUCCGGAAACGUUUUACUCUUUCAACUUCUUGCAGAUACCGUCAGCCUCGAAGUCGAACCCUGUGGUCUUGCAGACAGAUGUUGUCAUCGUCGGUAGUGGCUGCGGAGGCGCAGUCGCGGCGAAGACUCUUGCCGAAGCUGGAUUGAAAGUGAUCGUAGUGGACAAAGGUAGUUACUGGUCGCCAAAGCACCUUCCUAGAUCUGAGCUUGACGGCUUCAACGAGCUGUUCCUCAAUGGCGGUGCAAUGCAAUCCGAUGAUAACGGGGUAGCGGUCCUUGCUGGAAGUACCUGGGGCGGAGGGGGUACCGUCAACUGGAGUGCCUCCAUACAGACUCAAGGCUUUGUACGCCGUGAGUGGUCGGAGAAGUUUGGAUUAACCCACUUCACCAGUGCCGCUUUCCAGGCAGAUCUGGAUGCUAUCUGCGAGCGCAUGGGAGUCGGCACUUCUGCCAUAGAGCACAACAAGGCCAACCGCGUUCUUCUUGAGGGCGCAAGAAGGCUAGGCUGGGCAGCCAAGCCUGUACCGCAGAACACGGCUGGUGAAGCCCACUAUUGCGGUUACUGCACGCUUGGCUGCGGAAGCUGCGGGAAGAAGGGGCCUACAGAGACCUUCCUGCCUGAUGCUGCCAGAGCCGGCGCAGUCUUCAUUGAGGGUUUCAAGGUUCGGAAUGUUGUUUUUGAGGAAUCUUCCGAUGCCAGCGAGCGCGUCGUUACUGGAGUGGAAGGCGUAUGGACUCCACGGGACAACCAAAGCGGCGCUCCCGGGGCCGCGAACGACCCAUGUGAAGUGAUCAUAAAAGCCAGCAAAGUCAUAAUCGCAGCCGGAACGCUCGCGACACCAGUCUUGCUCAGGCGCAGCGGCUUGACCAAUCCUCACAUUGGCCGUCACCUGCACCUGCACCCCGUGUCGUUCGUCGGUGCUGUUUGGGACCAGGACGUUCGGCCAUGGGAGGGCGGAAUACUGACCAGUGUGGUCACCGAGUUCGAGAACCUUGACCACCAAGGUUACGGCGCUAAGCUGGAAUCCACGACGAUGCUCCCGAGUCUCUUCCUCCCCUUGUUUCCGUGGCGAAGCGGACUGCAAUUCAAAGAAUUUGCAGCCAAGAUGAAGCGGAUGACGGGAUACAUCAGCCUUGCGCGAGACCGCUACGGUGGCAGAGUGUAUCCUGACCCGAAAGACGGCCGUAUCAGACUGCAAUAUGUCACCAGCCAGUACGACAGAACUCAUAUACUCGAGGGCGUCGUACGGCUCGCCGAGUUACUGUACGUCCAGGGUGCAAGGGAGAUCUUCACGGCCAUACCAAGCGUUGAUAGCUUUGUCCGCCCAACACCUGAUCCGGAGAGUAAAGUGCACGUUACAAGUAACGACACGCCUUCUGUCAACGACGUUGAGUUUGGCGCAUGGCUUCAGAGGGUCCGCAAGGCCGGUCUGUCUGAUACGCUGAUGGCGUCGGCCCACCAAAUGGGAAGUUGCCGGAUGGGUACUUCGGCGUCGACGAGUGUUGUGGAUCCGAAGGGAAGGGUCUGGGGUACGACCGGCUUAUACAUCUGCGACGCUAGUGUCUUUCCUUCUGCGAGCGGUGUAAACCCAAUGGUCACUUGCAUGGGUAUCAGUCGUGGCAUCGCAAGGCAGAUUGCCGAGGAAGUGACCGGAGUCAGAGCACGUUUGUAGAUGUAUUCUUUGAACAACUGCUGCUACGGCGGUAAUACGACGCUGACCAUGCCGGUCACUGCAAGACCAAUACUCAAACAGAACUAUUGAGUGACGGGCAAGUCGC